UCGCUGCAGCAGGAGGAGGUAACUACUGCUGGUUUUGUAAGGCAUUGUGGUUGAGAGCACCUUGCAGCUGUAACGCGAAUUUCGUUCCGUAAUAAACAAUGUACCGCCAUGCUGCCUGUCCUUCCUCCCUCCCAGCACUGUGUACGUCUGUGUGUGUGUGUUGCUUAAUUCUCCCUCCCAGCACUGUGUACGUCUGUGUGUGUGUUGCUUAAUUCUCCCUCCCAGCACUGUGUACGUCUGUGUGUGUGUGUUGCUUAAUUCUCCCUCCCAGCACUGUGUACGUCUGUGUGUGUGUGUGUUGCUUAAUUCUCCCUCCCAGCACUGUGUACGUCUGUGUGUGUGUGUUGCUUAAUUCUCCCUCCCAGCACUGUGUACGUCUGUGUGUGUGUGUUGCUUAAUUCUCCCUCCCAGCACUGUGUACGUCUGUGUGUGUGUGUUGCUUAAUUCUCCCUCCCAGCACUGUGUACGUCUGUGUGUGUGUGUUGCUUAAUUCUCCCUCACUGCACUGUGUACGUCUGUGUGUGUGUGUUGCUUAAUUCUCCCUCCCAGCACUGUGUACGUCUGUGUGUGUGUGUGUGUUGCUUAAUUCUCCCUCACUGCACUGUGUACGUCUGUGUGUGUGUGUUGCUUAAUUCUCCCUCACUGCACUGUGCGUACGUCUGUGUGUGUGUGUGUUGCUCUGUCUCUGUCUCUCAAUCUCUGUCUCUGUCUCUCUAUCUCUCAAUCUCUCUCUGUGUCUUUCUCUCUCUCUAGUUAGUAAAGAACGGGCAACGUUUGCCAUGGAAGACUCUACAGUAUAAGACUCUACAGUAUACAUAAGAGUCUACAGUGUACAUCCCAACCCUCUACGGCCGUUGCUGCUCCACCCGGGCAUUACCACAUCCACCCGGGUCUACAAGAAACCUCCACGGCCGAGCCUCAACCACAGAACACACCGCUACCGUUGAUGAGGUUCCAUGCCCCGGACUACCGCCAUGUUAACCUCCAUAAUAGUCCUCAGCGCACUUGUUCUGAGACGUCCUGACUGGAGAGCUACACAACACUGGUCAUCCGCUGAGUGGUUGAAUUCCUGGUCUACCGGCCCCUGGAGGAGUGGUUGAUUGCCUGGUCUACUGUGGAUAUGAGUGGUUGAUUCCCUGGUCUACCCCUGGAUGACGCAGCUGUUCCUAUGCAGGGGAAGACUCACACAAGCGAUAAGCACCUGUCGGCCCUGGAGACUCCCCCCUGAGCCUGACGGUGGAGCUGUGGGCCCUGCACCAGACCCCCACACCCCCCCACACCACCCACAGCAGGGGCAGGGCGUUGAGACUCCCCCCCACAGGCUAAGACAGGGAGGGACUUGAAGAUCCGGGUUUUUGUCAUCUGCACAGGAAUUGACAUAUAGUAUUUGGGAGCAGCGAGUAGCGGGCUUUUUUAAUAGAGUUUCCUUUUUUGUGUGUGCCCUUGAGCUGUCUCCUUUGUUGUAGAAAAAAAAUACUUGACAAGGCUUUCAUAGGUGUUUGGGGCAUUUCCAUGGGUAGUUUAAUGACCCUGGUGGUAGUCUGACCCUUCCUCUGUGCAAUGAACUUGAAAAAAACGCUCAUAAAAAUGCAGAUAUUAACCCAGUAGCAGCGGGGAUCAUGUUUCUUAAUGGUCCCUCCAAGCGAGAAAAAUGAGAAAAAUUCACCCAUCACACAAACCAUUUCAUAUAUAUCAAAGCAUUUGCGAUCAGAUUAUGUAUCUUCUAUUUUGGGGGGGUUAUAUCAUGGCUCACAACCAAGAGAGCCCGGGCAAAGUGGAAAAAUUUGGGUAGCUUUUCCGAUACCUACGCCCCUGUCCACCCAGCAGUGAUUGGGUACCAGGUAUUAAUCGGGGGUUGUGUCCCGUCUCCUGGGGUCUGUUCCCUUCUCCUAUAAUUCCUUCCCCUUCUGUCUCUCUCUGGCAUAUGAUCACCGAUGUUGCGCUGCCCACUAAACAAAACUUUCCAACUUUCCAACAGUUGAAUUACAGUUUGAUCCAAGUGUUGUCCCUGUGGCUCACCCUCCUAGAGAAAUACCUGUUGCUCUGAGAGGUAAACUUAAGAAGGAAUAGACCAUAUGGAAAGAUUAGGUAUCAUUAUUGAAGAAAAUACACCCACAGACUGGCUCAAUAGUAUGCUUGUAAUUGUUUUGACUGAAAGUGUCAUUCAUACUGAUCAGCAAAAAGUGGAAGCUGUUGAUGCGUUUAUUCCUGUCCCACAAAACAAAACUGUGUCAGAGGUUUUUGGGCAUGAUCAACUAUGUGGGUAAAUAAUUCAUACAAAAUCUUUCCACACUCACAGACCCGCUGCGUGUUCUGCUGGAGAAAAACACUGCAUGACUGUUGUUGGGAGGAGACACAGCAUGAAGGCUUCCAGGAGCUGCAAGACAUCCUUGUGGUCAGGGCGCCUGGUCAUUAUGAUGGAGCGUCGGCAGAGAUCGAGCUGGCGGAAGGCUGGCGGCCGGGUCAAGCUCACCACUGACAUGCGCUCGGCCAAUGUUGUUGACCUCGGCUAUGACAAUCUUACUAAGGUGGUGGAGGUGGGGAACGGCAUCUACAUUGACGACGGACUCAAGGAGAUCGCUGAGACUACUACUAUUACUAUUACUAUCCUCUAUACUGCUAUGUGUACUAUUAAAUCCUCUUUACUGCUACUAUGUGUACUAUUGAAUCCCUUAUAUAGUACUUCCAUGACAGCUGAUCGGUGAUACUAUUACUACUACUACUAUGACCACUCAAUCCCUGGUAAGUACAAUGUCAUUAUCAUCAUUAUUUAGGUUAAGGUCCAUUAAAUUCAAUCUUCCUGAAUGGUUGGACACUUUAUGGCUCUCCUCCUCCAUUCUACUCUGUCUUCCGCCCAAUGCUUAUACGGCCCUAUCAAUCCCAAGUCUUCCUGUACACACCUUCUCCAUGUUUUCCUAGGUCUGCCAACUGGUCUCCUUCCUUCUACCUCCAUUCUGCUAUGUCUUCUGCCCAAUGCUCAUCCAAUCCCAUCACUUCCAAGUCUUCCUGUACACAACUUCUCCAUGUUUUCCUAGGUCUACCAACUGGUCUCCUUCCUUCUACCUCCAGUCUGCUAUGUCUUCUGCCCAAUGCUCAUCCAAUCCCAUCACUUCCAAGUUCCAAGUCUUCCUGUACACAACUUCUCCAUGUUUUCCUAGGUCUACCAACUGGUCUCCUUCCUUCUACCUCCAAUCUCUCCAACACUCCCAGCACUGUGUCCUCCCCUGCUCUCUUUACAUGUCCAAACCAUCGGAGUCUUUCCCUUCUGAGCACUGUUUCCAGGUCCUCUACUAAAACUCCCAGCACUGUGUCCUCCCCUGCUCUCUUUACAUGUCCAAACCAUCGGAGUCUUUCCCUUCUGAGCACUGUUUCCAGGUCCUCUACUAAAACUCCCAGCACUGUGUCCUCCCCUGCUCUCUUUACAUGUCCAAACCAUCAGAGUCUUUCCCUUCUGAGCACUGUUUCCAGGUCCUCUACUAAAACUCCCAGCACUGUAUCCUCCCCUGCUCUCUUUACAUGUCCAAACCAUCGGAGUCUUUCCCUUCUGAGCACUGUUUCCAGGUCCUCUACUAAAACUCCCAGCACUGUGUCCUCCCCUGCUCUCUUUACAUGUCCAAACCAUCAGAGUCUUUCCCUUCUGAGCACUGUUUCCAGGUCCUCUACUAAAACUCCCAGCACUGUGUCCUCCCCUGCUCUCUUUACAUGUCCAAACCAUCGGAGUCUUUCCCUUCUGAGCACUGUUUCCAGGUCCUCUACUAAAACUCCCAGCACUGUGUCCUCCCCUGCUCUCUUUACAUGUCCAAACCAUUGGAGUCUUUCCCUUCUGAGCACUGUUUCCAGGUCCUCUACUAAAACUCCCAGCACUGUGUCCUCCCCUGCUCUGUUUACAUGUCUGCCAAAUAUUUCCCUCUCCCUGCCUCUGUCCCUGCCAAAUCACUCUCUCCCUGCCUGUGUCCCUGCCAUAUCUCUCCCUCCCUGCCAAAUCUAGCCUCUCCUCCUUACCUAACCUACCUUACCCUACCCUAAGCUACCCUAACCUCCCUGUCUCUCUAUCCACCAGGUUGACAAGCCACCACCAAGCUGGGUUUUUUCAGCCGCCGCCGAGUGGCUUAAAACUACCCACAUGCUGUCCAGAAGACCACCUAUCAACCCGGACUCUAGAUUCUAGGAUUAAAGAUGAGCUCCGGGAGGGCAGCAUAAGCCAGUGCAAGAUGGCGUAUGUAUAUAGUUAUGAAUGUAUAUACUUAGAAUAUCUCUUUGAUAAG